GCCUUCAAACUUACUAAGAAAUUACUUCGUAGACAGUCGUGUACAGCAAAGUACGAUCAUAAAGCUCAUUACUGGUGAACAAAUAAGACGUAAAUUAUAAUCGUAAUACAAAAUUAAGUGACAUUUUAUUUUAUGUGAUAAUCGAAAACGAAUAUUAAAAAAAUAGAAAAAAUGACGCACUGGAAUCACAGAUCGGAUGCUGUGCACUGGUACAUGCAAGAGAUAUCGUCGAGAGUGGUCGCCGAAUCAGGCAUACCUGGAGAUAGGUACCACUUGGGCAAGCUAACGCUGAGAGGUCUUAGAGAUGCUCCAGACUAUAUUUUACAGGUUGACGGGGCGACAGGAGAGACCGAAAACUUUGCAUCGGCAUUAAAGAGAUCCGUACAAUGUGCCAAUGCAUUCAGAAAACUUGGAUACCACCAUGAAGAUGUAGUGCUUCUAAUGGGACCAAAUCAUAUUCACCUGACAAUACCGAUGUAUGCGGCGUUCUAUCUGGGAAUGAGUGUAGCUGGCAUUGACAUGACGCUGGGAGUUAAUGAACUUCGCGAUACCUUCAAAUUCAACGCACCGAAAGUGAUAUUUUGCCAAAGCGAACGAGCAAACGACGUGGUUGAAGCAUUGCAAGGUCUCAACAUUAAACCGCAAAUUGUAACAUUUGACCAGGGAAAUGGAUUCCUCAGUUUUUCAGAAUUAUUAGAGAAAUAUGGCAGCGAGACGUCUGUUGAAAAUUUUAGAGCUGCAGACUUCGAUAGCUCCAAUACUUUAGCUUUACUAAUAGCAACCAGUGGUACUACUGGUCUUCCGAAAUCGGCAGCAGUCACACAUAAAAACCUGGCUCUGGCUGUGCCUUACAUGUGGCAUACCUUCGAAAACUUUCCGACACCCAGUCGCCUGCCAGUAGUCUUGUCACCGAUCCAAUGGUACUCCGCGUUGUUCAUAUUCGUCUUUUCACCGAUAAUAAGGCAAACGAGACUUCAGUCAUCGCAGCCCUCGACCCAAGAACAUGCUUAUUAUCUAAUUAACAAAUAUAAACCAACAUUCAUGAUGACGAGUCCAAACACACUGACCACACUCUUCAAAGCUGGCGAUCGGGAGAAAUGUGACUUGACAAGUUUUGAACUAAUUCUUGUUGGCGGCAGUGCAGUCCAUCCUAGUCUUGUGAAGGAAGUGAAGGAGGUCUGUCCCAAUACAGAAUUAAUGGUGAUAUACGGUAUGAGUGAACUUUCUGGAUUAGCUAUGGCCUUUGACGGCAGUCGGACCGAAUCACUAGGCCGGCCUAUAUCCAAUUGUUAUGUAAAAUUGGUAGACCCUUAUACAUUAGAAGAAGUGACGGAACCAAAUAAAAAUGGAGAGCUGUGGGUCAAAGGACCAGGCGUAUUUAAGGGAUACUAUCGCAAUCCAGAAGCAACGGCAGAAGCGAUUAAUGAAGACGGUUGGUACAGAACCGGAGAUAUUCUGUACCGGGAUAGUUGUGAUUACUACUACUUCGUCGACCGUAUGAAGUUAUUACUUAAAUACAGGAAUCAUCAGAUAUCUCCUUUAGAGUUAGAGAGCGUGAUAGUCAAACAUCCAGCAGUACUCGAAGUGGCAGUCACUGGUAUUCCACAUAAAGAGCAUGGUGAUUUACCCGUAGCCUUUAUUAUUCCACGGGAGGGACACAAAGUCACUGCACAGGAAAUUAAAGAUUUGGUUAAAGAGAGUCUAACUGACACGAAGCAACUAAGAGGUGGUGUGAUAUUUUUAAAGGAACUUCCCUUAACGUCUACUUCAAAAACUGAUCGGAAGAAACUUGCCAAGCUAGCACAGUCCAUGCAACCUGAAUGAGGACAUAAUCUUCAAGAAUAUUGUAAUAUUAUUAUGUUGUAAAUAAAUUAUUAUUAUAUUAUUACAAAAUAAAUUGCAACGUUCAAUCCAAAUCGUUUUUGGCUUGUUUUAAUAAGUAAACGUAUUGUU